AUGAGCUCCCCGCCGCCGGCCCGCAGGGGCUUCUACCGCCAGGAGGUGACCAAGACGGACUGGGAGGUGCGCGCCGAGUACCGGGACCUGCAGCCCGUGGGCUCGGGCGCCUACGGGGCCGUGUGCUCGGCCGUGGACAGCCGGACGGGCGCCAGGGUGGCCAUCAAGAAGCUGUACCGGCCCUUCCAGUCGGAGCUGUACGCCAAGCGCGCCUACCGCGAGCUGCGCCUCCUCAAGCACAUGCACCACGAGAACGUGAUCGGGCUGCUGGACGUGUUCACGCCAGAUGAGAGCCUGGAUGACUUCACAGACUUCUACCUGGUGAUGCCGUUCAUGGGCACGGACCUGGGGAAGCUCAUGAAGCACGAGACGCUGAGCGAGGACCGCAUCCAGUUCCUCGUCUACCAGAUGCUGAAGGGGCUGAAGUACAUCCACGCGGCCGGCAUCAUUCACAGGGACCUGAAGCCCGGCAACCUGGCUGUGAACGAGGACUGUGAGCUGAAGAUCUUGGACUUCGGGCUGGCCAGGCAGGCGGACAGCGAGAUGACGGGGUACGUGGUGACUCGGUGGUACCGGGCGCCUGAGGUCAUCUUGAAUUGGAUGCACUACACACAGACAGUGGACAUCUGGUCUGUGGGCUGCAUCAUGGCCGAGAUGAUCACGGGGAAGACGCUGUUCAAGGGCAAUGACCACCUGGACCAGCUGAAGGAGAUCUUGAAGGUCACGGGCACGCCACCCGAUGAGUUUGUGCAGAGGCUGCAGAGCGCGGACGCCAAGAACUACAUGAAGGGCCUCCCUGAGCUGGAAAAGAAGGAUUUUGCUUCCAUUCUGACCAACGCCAGCCCUCUGGCGGUGAACCUGCUGGAGAAGAUGCUGGUGCUGGACGCGGAGCAGCGGGUGACGGCGGCCGAGGCGCUGACCCACCCCUACUUCGAGUCGCUGCACGAGGCCGAGGACGAGCCCCGGGCCCAGAAGUACGACGAGUCCUUCGACGACGUGGACCGCACGCUGGACGAGUGGAGGCGUGACACGUACAAAGAGGUGCUCAGCUUCAGGCCUCCCCGGCAGCUGGCGGCCAAGUUCUCCAAGGAGACAUCCCUGUGA